CUUCUCGCUCUGGACAAAGCAGUCUCGUCGGGCGUCAGCACCCAGACCGUCGAUCGAUCGAUCCCGAUCUAGAUCACCCUCCGCAGAGACUUGCAUCUGCGCAAUCGAACGCCCCAGUCGCCACACGGAGAUGGACUCGAGACCGCCGCAGCCGUUCCCAUUCCGCCCUCCUCCCGCGGGCUUCAGAGGGCCGGGCCAAACGAUGCCGCCAGGCAGCCAACCGCCGUUUCUGCCGCCUGGAGGCUCGGCACCUUUCCCGGCCCGGCCACCGGUUCCUUUCGCCACGGGUGCAAACAGCCAGCCCGUCGUAGCUCCCUCGGCCAACGGCCCUGCCUCGGCCCGGCCGCCGAUUGUGUCGCCGCACCUGAGUCUGCCAGCCCGGGCAACCAUUGAUCCCGAAAACAAGCUCUCGAUUCUAUUUGUCAGCGGCAUUUCGGAUGGCGUACCGGACGAAUGGGUCGAGAAGUUCCUCGCGACCUUUGGCCCUGUCCAGACUUGGCGACGGGUCACUGACUCGACCGGGAAGCCCAAGCCCUUUGGGUUUGCCAUCUUCGAAGACCCCGAGUCAGUUGUGCGGGCCCUGGAAAUCAUCAAGGCCGUGAAUCCCCUGGAGCUACCCAGCUUCAACAACGGUGCUGCUCGAAGCGUCCGAAUUCAAACCGACAACGGAGCACGCUUCCCGCUGGAGGAUAUCAAGAAAAAGAUGUCCGAUAACGAAGUGUUUUCCCAGAGUAUCGACGAGGCCAAAAAGUCACUGGAUUCGGUGUUGGAAGCCAUGAAGUCUGCCCUGGCCGACAACUUCUUGCAGUCCACGAUGAAGAACAUCACCGAGACAGAUGACCACGACAACGGCGAGGAUCUUCCUGCCGAUAUGUCGCCAACACAGAGAGAAAUCAUCAGUCGCGAGAUUGCCUUCUUCCGAGAGCGAUCGGCCGCCAAGGACAAGAUGAAGAAGAAGCGCGAGGAGAUGGAGGUUGAGCAGCGGCGGCGCGACGAGCGCGAGCGAGAGCGGCAGAUCGAAAAGAGCAUGACUCAGGAUGAAUUCAAAGUCGACCGCCAGGUCCUGAAGCGGCUCAAGGAGUACGAUGAAGACGAGGAAGAAGAGAAGCGUCGGGUCGAAAAGCGCGAGGCGGAGAUGCUCCAGGCUUUCCAAGACCGGGAGCGGCGUCUCGAGGCCCGCGAACAGGCACGCAUUCGCAAGUACGAGUCGGAUCUUCUCAAGGAGGCCGAUGACGAGAAGGAGCGUGCACGACGACGGGAGCACAUGCUGAAGCUCUAUGCCGAGUGGGAUGACGAUGCCGAGAAUGAAAAGGGUGACGAACUGUUUUAUCGCGACAGGCAACGAUGGUGGUCGCAUCGACAACCGAUCCGGCAGAAGGAGCUCGACAACGAUACGCGCGAUCGGCAGGAUGAGCAGGAGGAGGCUGCCCGUAUUGCCGCCGGAGGCGUUACCGACCAGGCGGGCUCGCAAGACCUCGAGGCCAUGCUCGACAGCCACCAAAACCAGGACAAGGCCGAGGCUUCCGAGACACCUGUGGCCGUGAAUCCUCCCGCUGCGCCGACAGGCGUCGUCGGCCGGAUCAUGACGGUAGACGAGCGUAAGAGGGCCAUCACAGACCUGAUCGAGUCGAUUCCCUCGGAUCGCGAGAGCAUUUGGGGCUACACUGUUCGCUGGAGCCAUCUGGACGACACCACCGUCAACGCGAAGCUCAAGCCGUUCGUCUCCAAGAAGAUCCUUGAGUAUCUCGGCCAGGAGGAGCAGGACUUGAUCAACUUUAUUCUGCAAGCCCUGAGGGACCAAAAGAGCGCCGGCCAGCUCUUUGCGGACAUUGAGAUGGCCCUUGACGACGCGGAGACGUUUGUGAAGAAACUCUGGCGCAUGGUGAUCUACGAGACAGAAUCGAAGGCGCUCGGCUUGCAGUGAGCCGCAAAUACAUGCUUGGUCGAGAGAAACAA